AUGCCUCGACUUGUAAACCAGUCAUUUGUCGAUGAGAAUAUUGCAAUGUUCUUGCAAUAUGGUUUAUCAGAAGAGUCAGACCUGAUGUUUUAUGAUGAUGUUAUUGCUCGAGAAAUUCAACAGCAAUAUCAAAAUAAUUCAACAUUUGAUGACGCUUCUAUUGCUUUGGAGAUGCAGCAACAAGAAGUUAAUGAUGAUGUUAUUGCUCGAGUAAUUCAACAACAAUACCAAAAUAACUCAACAUUUGAUGAUGCUGCUAUUGCUUUGGAGAUUCAGCAACAAGAAGGUAAUCUACAUACCUCUCUAAGCGAUGAUGAAAAACUUGCCAGAUAUUUGCAGCAACAAGAUGAAUUGGACAAUUCAUACAUACCUGAUCGUGAUGCUCCCUCGACAAGUAGAACAAUUAUUCAACAUGACGAUGAUGAUCACUUCUCGGGUCAUCAUACACAUACUCGUACCCUGUCAGAUAGCCCAUCAAUUAGUGCCCUUAAUCUCUCUAACAAUGAGAACAUUGAUCCCGCAAAUAUGACGUAUGAGGAAUUAAAUGAGUUAGAAGACUCCAUGGGAGAUGUCGAUAGAGGUUUAUCUCAAAUGACGAUUUCCAAACUACCGACCCAUAAAUAUGGUGAGGAAACCAAAACUUGGUGGUGGCAAACUAACAAAAAUAAAUUCACCACAACUCAGUGUUCGAUAUGUCUAGUCGACUAUGUAUGUUGCAUUUGCAAAGCCGAGAUUUAA